AUGUCCAACAAGACUGCCACACCGGUGCCUUCGAGCUCUCUCGGGUCAUUCAACCAUGGCAACGGCAACGGCAACGGCAACGGUCUCGCUGCCUCGGGCUCGACCCCCGCCGCCUCGACCUCGACCUCGACCUCGACCUCGAACCCGAAUCACGCCAACAACACCGCAGGGGCCCAUGCGAAGGGCAACGGCAGCAACACCUCGUCGUCACAAGCACCCGAUCCGGUCAAACGAAGCGCCGUGCCCGUCGUGCUCAUUAUCGACCCUUCAAUCAGGUCCAUAGCCCAGCCCUACACCUCGCUCGUAAUAUCGUACGUUCCCUUUUGACAUGGAACGAUCAACCUACAACUGAUCAAACUCCUCCUCUCUACACCUACAGCACACUACAGCUGUUACAUCCGACCGCUCAGGUACGUCUUACUCGGGUCUCGCACCCACCUCCUUUGCGCGUUCCUCUGCCCAUCAUCAGCCAGCUGACCCCGGCUCGACUCCGCUCCGCAGCUGCUCGUCACCGCCCUGCAACCCGGAUCCUACCCUGCGACGAUCCACCCUCUCCAACCUCCGGCUGCCUUUCUCGCAUCGCUCCCUUCGAUCGUCAAGCGCCCCGCACGACCGUCGCACGCGACCUCGCUGUGGCGCUCGCCUGGAUCGCACCUUCUCCACGCGAUACACACCGCGCGCAAGCUCAUCCAGGCCCAGAUCGUCGGCUCGUCGACGGUCAAGACCCAGCUGCCGCGCUACAUCGUUGUCAUCACCGCGACCGACCUCUACAACAACGGCGAAGGCGAUGAGCUCUGGCUCGAUGACGAUGCCGACGAGCUCGAAUCGUGGGAGUCGGUCGGGAAAACCUUUACCAAGGACCCGCAUGCCACGACCCUCUUGUCCGUCAUCACCCUCGGCAAUACCCCCAACCUCGAGGCCUUUUGGAAGAUUGUGCGUUAUUUCUUCCGUCGAGAGCAGAGCGGAGACGGUAUGGGAGCGAUCGUGGACUGACCACCCGAAGAUUUCCUUCUGUUGACUCGUCUAGUCUUCGAGUCGCUUCCCUCCGGGCUUGAUCUACAACUCGACCGUUCCUUCUCCUGCGGUACCCUUCACCUUUCCACUCUACGCACCGGGGCAUGCGUGCUUCCUGCUCGGGUUCUACAACGCCCGAUCGGCGGCGGCAUCGAAUGCGGCCCUGCCCAGCAGUGGACCUCCGACGCCGCAGACCGUCUCAACCCCGAACGCGGCCUUGAACAAGCGACCCGCAGAGUCUUCUACCACAACGUCUGCGGCCACGAACCUGACAACUGGCAACACGGGCUCGGCAACGAACAAAAAGAUCAAACCCAACCCCAACCCGUCCCUGAGUUCGCCCGCGCCCGCGCCCGCCCCCUUUGCAACGACGCAGUCCAACGCCACCACGGCCGCGAACCCCGUCAAGACGAAUCCGGCGACGGCGAAUAAUGCUUCGUUGGUCCCCUUGUCGCUUCCCCCAGGUCUGUCGGCUGAAGCGAUUCAAGCGUACGUCGCUGAAUUGCGAGCGAUCGCGGUGCGCAACUCGACGGCCCCACCGACGCUCGCCGACGUCCAGGCCAUGGUCAACUCCUACGCCGCACAACAACAGCAGCAACAGCAGCAACAGCAGCAACAACAAUCACAACAACAGCAGCAGACGUCUGCGCAGUCGGCUGCGGCGGGGUCAUUUAUGACGGUGUCCGCAGCGCCGGGCGGGCGAUCGGUACCGGCACCAGCACCCGACCCGACACCACAGCGAAUGCAAGCGCAGGUUCAGCAAAUGCGCCAGCAGCAACAGCAACAGCAACGAAACCACACGGGUGCCGGGACGACGUCGUUGUUGGGGAUCACCAGCGUGUCCGAGCUCACGCAGGCGCAAAUGCAGAGCCUGCCGAGCAUCCCCGAGGACAUGAGGAGCAAGAUCGAGGCGCACCUCAACCUCAUCCGCGAGCAGGUCCGCGGCCGCAAGUUGACCGAGGAGGAAGGGCAUGCGAGGAUCCGCAAGUUGCAGGAGUUGGCCAACAGGUUCGUGCACAACCGCGUUCGGACAGACGGUGGCUAGGAACUGAUGUCCUCGUUGUUUUCAUUUCCCAUCAGUUCGCGGCUCCACGCGGCUCAGCAAGCCGAAAGAGAGAGACUGUCAUCGCAAGGCAGCAGCGCUCUGGUCCAACAACAGCAAGCCGCCGCCAUCGCCGCCGCGGCCGCACGAGGCCGUGGGCCACCACCGGCCAACACCUCUUCGCAGCUACCAACGUCGCAGGGUCCCUCCCAGGCCCCAGUGGCCUCAACGUCGACGACGAACUAUGGCCAACCACCCGGAGCGAACGCUUACCCCGCUUCCUCCCCUGCGCUUCCGGGGGGACCAUCGACGGCGACCGCGCAGGCUCCGACGCCAAAUGUUGUCCCGGCCUCGCCGAGAACGGUGUGGAAGGGCGGCAUCUCGUGGGCGUUGAACGAAGGCAGCGGCAACAAGCAGGAUUUCACCAUGUACUGCGCCAUGACACCCAUGACACCCGCUUCGGUGCAGGAGCUGUACGUCAUAGUUUGUGGCUUCCCUGUUGGCGAACGAUGAGGCUGAUAGCCCGAGAGUUUACGACUCUUUCUCUUCAUCCACCAGAGCCGAUAUUAAACUGUCGCAACAGAUCCGCAUCUCAAACCUCGCAUCGAUCGAAUUGUCGACGUUGCAAGGGUUGGCGGGCAAGCAUCGGUUGGCAACGGCGAGCUUAUUGGCCUUGCCGAACGAUAGCCUCCCACCCGAGUUGCGCGACAAGCAGAUGGCGAUGGGGACCGAUAACGAGCGGUUGUACACCAUGUUUGCGCAGAGCAUGGAACAGCGUGCCCAGGUAAGCCGUUCGUCGUCUCUUCGAGUCGGGUCCGAGGGGGCUCCCAGUCGCUAAACGCUCCCGCUCUUGUCUUCUUGCGUUCGUAGUGCGGCAUCAUCCGGUUCGGUCAACUCAACCAAGGCUUGGUCAUGGUUGCCGUGCCCAAGCAACUCAAGUUUAUUGCCAUCGUCUUCACGCGUGUGCCUCUGCUCGAUGAAUGGAUCAAUCCGCCUCCGACGGGGGCGACAACGUCGAAGACUUCUCCGCAAGUAUCGAGACCUCUACCGAUUGUACCGACGAAUGCAGCUCAGCUCCAAGUGCAGCAACAACAGCAGCAGCAGCAGCAGCAGCAGUUCCAGCAACAGCAACAUAUUCUACAACAACAGCAGCUGCAACAACUGCAGCAGCAAAAGCAGCAGCAACAGCAGCAGCAACAAGCACAGGCGGGGAUGUUCGCCACGUCGCAAUUCAACAUCAACCAGUUCUUGGCUGCGCAACAACAACAGCAACAUCAGAUGUACGGCGUACCUUCAUCAGGGGGUUCGAUGGCGAUGCCCCAGCAGGGACAGCUCUCGGCGAGCGAAUUCGCCGAGUUGCAGAGGUUGUUGGGUGGUGCUGCGGGAGGCUCGGGGUCGGGAUGA